UAGAGCGCUUGCCUAGGAAGCACAAGGCCCUGGGUUCGGUCCCCAGCUCCGAAAAAAAAGAACCAAAAAAAAAAAAAAAAAGUUCGAGGGGAGCAGAAUCUGGCCCAUGCCCUGUUUCUCUCCUUAAGGACAUGUCCUUCCAAAAGAAAGGCAUUCUGUUUCCAGCCCACACAGACCUAAACUUUUUCUCAUCACGUGCAAGGCCAGAGCCAGUCCGCAGCCCAGUAAUGCGAUCACCAGGGCCAGCCUCCAGACCCACCCAAGCUGAGCCCGGUGACAACAAGGUUAGCCUGCAGAGCUACAGCGACACAGCAACCACAAAACCCAGAACCACUGCAGGCUGCACUUGUGGUUUGUUGACAGGGACGCUUGGGAACAACCCCUCUGCAGAGAAAGGACAUAUCUGGGACUCCAUGAGGAGGACAGCUCUCAUCCUGGGCUUGGGGCUGCUCUUGUUGGCUGCCUUCUGGAACUCAAUCACAUGGUAUCCUCAGAGAUUUUGGGGUGCUUCUGGCGACUUUUGGCAGACCCGGUGGGAGACACUGCUGUCUACAUUUGAAGGCAACGAGUGGAUCCUGUACAUUAUAGGUGUUGUCCUCGUGCCGGGGCUGUGCUUCUGGGGCUUCAAUGGCCUUCUACUGAUGGUGGACAGAACAGGAAAACCCACCUUCAUCUCCCGCUACCGCAUCCAACUUGACAAGAAUGAGCCAGUAGACCCUGUGAAGCUGCGUCAGUCUAUCCGCACAGUUAUCUUCAACCAGAGCGUCAUCUCUUUCCCCAUGCUGGUCAUCCUCUAUCCUUUCUUAAAGUGGACAGGAGACCCCUGCUGUCGAGAGCUGCCAACCUUCCACUGGAUCCUGGUGGAGCUGGUCCUUUUCACCCUUGUGCAGGAAAUCUUGUUCUACUACUCACAUCGGCUCUUUCACCACCCAAAGUUGUUCAAGAAAGUUCACAAGAAACAUCAUGAAUGGACAACACCCAUUGGUUUGAUCUCAAUAUACGCCGACCCUAUAGAACAUGUGGUUUCCAACAUGUUGCCAGUUAUGGUGGGUCCUCUAGCAAUGGGCUCUCACUUGUCUUCUAUUACCGUGUGGUUAUCCCUGGUUCUCAUCGUCAGCUCGAUCACCCACUGUGGCUACCACUUACCCUUCCUGCCUUCACCUGAGUUCCAUGACUACCACCAUCUCAAGUUCAACCAGUGCUAUGGGGUGCUGGGUGUGAUGGACCACCUGCAUGGGACUGAUGUUAUGUUUAAGCAGACCAAGGCUUAUGAGAGACAUGUCAUUCUGCUGGGCUUCACCCCACUCUCAGAAAGCAUCCCUGAUCCUCCAAAGAAAACAGGAAGUGCACUUGGACCAUCCGGCCCACUCCCUCAUCAGUAGACAGCCUGGGGCCAUGCUGCCCUUAAAAAUUUGCUUCCCUUGGCCACCAUACUCUAAGGUUAUGAUAGGAUCCAGGCUUCCCCCAAAUUACUUCUCAUGUCACUUAGGAUUUAGCGAAGAACUAUUUAAGCUGGAGGCUAGCCAGAUGAGACAAAUCACUGAGUCAGGGUGAAUCCCCUAGUCCUCUGCUCCACUCCCAUACAACUCCCCUGUGGCCUAGGCAGGAUACAGAGAAUGGGGUGCUGUUGGAUUGACUCCAAAAGCUUUUCUCAUACUCAAAGCCAAGGUAUUCUGGAAUAGUCACAGGUCAGAUGCUAGAUGUGGUCCCUGCUUCCUAUCAAGAGAACUUGACUUACUUUUGCUCUCCACAGACACAAGUCCCUUAGAAGAAACAAUGACAAACUACAGCAGCUUUUUAUUAGGACGUGCACCCCAACUCCUGUGCAAUCUGGGGCUCUGGUCCAGGACCAUUCAUGUUAGGGAGGAUUACUAGAUUAUUUAGAGAUUAUUUAGAGAGUCAGUUACUCUCUAAAUCCAAACCAGCCUUCUACCAACAAAACAUUACCAAAGGGCAGGCCAUCUCUUCCAGAUGUCUCAGGGAGAACUAUAGGAGGAGAGUUUCUCCAGAAAAAACGUUACCAGGCCCCACCCUGGCAGCACAUGGUUAAGAAUCCUGAGGUCUUAGGAACUUGGCAUUUAGGUUGGAUCUGGGAGGCUGCCACCAUUACCAUCUGUUAAGUUCCAGCACAACUGUGUUGAUCUAACAUUUCCAGUUCGAGAUGAGUCAAAAAAACUCCCUCCUGUAUCUUCUAUAAAAUAACCCAGCUGGGAACAGCUUUGCACUGCACUUCCAGCUGCCUGGGCUUUAGGCCCAGUUCAAAGCCGGCCUGGACAACAGAGCAAAACCUCAAGAUCUGAUGGACCAGCUGGCAACUGAGGACCUUGCAGCCUCCCCUCACCUUAGACUCCUUCAAGUGCGAGCCUACCUGCCUCAAUCCCACCAUCAUCACUGGCCGGUAGCUAUUCCCUUCUUCACGAGCAUCAGAAAUGCUCUCUGCAGCAGUAUCAAGUCAGACAAACAGGUCCUGUGCAGUACUGUCCUGGUACAUGGCCCACCACAAGGCAUGAAUAUUGGUGACUAAGGCCUUAAUGUCUCCACAAAACAAACAAAAGCAGCAUGUAAUAAAGUCUGUUUAACUCCA